UCGGCAUGUGCGGCAGUCCUCAGGGCGCUCUGGGAGCCAUCUUGAAGUCCUUUGCGAGCUCUUGCUUCACCAGCUUGACGCACUUCUUUUUUUGUCCGAAGGAUCCCUCCUGCUCACCCUGACCUGCUCCGUCCACCGUCUGCAACAGAGACGGCCGAACGCGGUUCCACGGAGUCGAGGCGCGCACACGCUUGACAUCGAUUCAAACAAGCGGCACCACGCUACGCCUGACUCGCCCGCGCGGAGCUGGGAGCCCUCGGCUCAGUAGCCAAUUGCGACGGAGCCCUUUAGAUCCGAAGCUUGACCAUACAACCGCGCCUCGAGGGACAACAUCUUCUGGCACCCUUUCUCAGGCGCCGCCGCCUCCGUGUGGUCAUCCUCUCCCAGCAGCCCUCCGACACGAUACCCAGUGCGCUGAAAAUUCUUGACGUAGACGUUCAGAUACGGCUGCCCCUUGCCGGUGUGACCGCUGCCGACUUUGAGCUCCACAAGCCCGAGUUUCAGCCACUUCGGCGUCUCGUCACGCGCGUCGUGAGCGUCGAAGUGAAGGCCUCCAGGCCGCACCUUGUUCGCCCACGUCCCUGUGGCGUUGAUCUCCUGGAAGUACAUGUCCGAGCAGUGUGUCCCCAGUCGACGCGCGUCGGCCUCUACAACAAGCAACGCAUCCUCGACGGGCAUUCCGCGCGGAACGCUGACCAAGACAGAUUUGCCUGGCCUCACCAAAUCGAACCGCUGACCGAACAUGUUCUGCAAGUGUGGAUCGCCGGUGGCGGAGGACAAUGACGUCGUCGGUGCUGGCGUUGGUGCUGGCGUCGACGCCGUAGUCGGUGCCUGUGUGGGUGAAACCGUCGGCGACGCCGUCGGGGAAGCAGACGGUGCUGCAGUCGGAGCUGCCGUGGGAGUUGCAGUUGGUGCCGCUGUCGGGGUCGCCGUGGGCGCUGCCGUUGGUGCUGCAGUCGGUGCUGGUGUGGGUGAGGCCGUCGGCGAGGCCGUCGGUGACGCCGUCGGGGAGGCAGACGGUGCUGCAGUCGGAGCUGCCGUGGGAACUGCAGUUGGUGCCGCUGUCGGGGUCGCCGUGGGCGCUGCCGUUGGUGCUGCAGUCGGUGCUGGUGUGGGUGAGGCCGUCGGCGAGGCCGUCGGUGACGCCGUCGGGGAGGCAGACGGUGCUGCAAUCGGAGCUGCCGUGGGAGCUGCAGUUGGUGCCGCUGUCGGGGUCGCCGUGGGCGCUGCCGUUGGUGCUGCAGUCGGUGCUGGUGUGGGUGAGGCCGUCGGUGACGCCGUCGGGGAGGCAGACGGUGCUGCAGUCGGAGCUGCCGUGGGAACUGCAGUUGGUGCCGCUGUCGGGGUCGCCGUGGGCGCUGCCGUUGGUGCUGCAGUCGGUGCUGGUGUGGGUGAGGCCGUCGGCGAGGCCGUCGGUGACGCCGUCGGGGAGGCAGACGGUGCUGCAGUCGGAGCUGCCGUGGGAACUGCAGUUGGUGCCGCUGUCGGGGUCGCCGUGGGCGCUGCCGUUGGUGCUGCAGUCGGUGCUGGUGUGGGUGAGGCCGUCGGCGAGGCCGUCGGUGACGCCGUCGGGGAGGCAGACGGUGCUGCAGUCGGAGCUGCCGUGGGAGCUGCAGUUGGUGCCGCUGUCGGGGUCGCCGUGGGCGCUGCCGUUGGUGCUGCAGUCGGUGCUGGUGUGGGUGAGGCCGUCGGCGAGGCCGUCGGUGACGCCGUCGGGGAGGCAGACGGUGCUGCAGUCGGAGCUGCCGUGGGAGCUGCAGUUGGUGCCGCUGUCGGGGUCGCCGUGGGCGCUGCCGUUGGUGCUGCAGUGCCGUCGCCGUGUGACGGUGAGGCCGUCGGCGAGGCCGUCGGUGACGCCUCGAACACUACUUGGUAGACGGUCAUGUGGUGAUGGUAGAUAGAAUUGUAGCUGGUGGACCUGACGCGUAGUUCCACAUUUGAUGGAUCCCAAGGCACUGAUACGGUUUGCAAUACGUUAUUGAA